CCAUUCCCACCUUGAGCCCCCAAUGAGCUACUUGCAUUGAACACCCCCCUCUCUCUCUCCUCUUCCCUUCUUCAAAAAGUGAAAAACUAUAGCCUCUAUCUCACCUUCUCCUUGACUUAGAAACACUCUGAGAAGACCAAAAACAACCCAAAUCUUCAAGCAACUCAUCAAGUAGAAAAAGAGUUCAAAGACACAAACUAUGUCAAACAAGUCCCCAAUAUUCCCAAUGCCUGAGCCUCAUCACUUCAGUGACUAUGGCUUUGACCCUCAAAUCGAUUAUUUUCAGGUUUUGGAAGAAGCAAGGAAGCACAAGAGAGAGGCAUCAAGAUCCAUAGAUACAAUACACUUCAAGCUGCAAAAACCCACCUCGAGAGACGAGUCGUCCAAGAAGAUCAAGAAACGUUGGUGGAAGAACGCUCUGCUCUUCUUUAAGCUGAAGCGGACCCACCAUGACAACAAACCCAGCUCUGGUUUCAACAACAAUGGGGUUCACUGUGGACGCUCCAUCAGAGGAUCAAUCUCAGGCCCUAUGUACGUCACUGAGAGCAGAAGUGGGUCAAGCACACCUUACCGUACUACUAGCCGGCCAUCAUCCGGCCCACUCGCCGGAACUCUGACUCCGGCGACGAAGGGGGAGGUGGAGAUUCCGUACAUCAACCUCAGGGAACUCAACAUGGACCAGCAACAACUACAUCACCGGAUCUCCACCUCGGCCAUGCCUAUCUAUUUGGUCACGUGAUAUACUCAUUUUAGUUUGAAGCUUUUUCAGUUGGGUUUGUUGGUUUGAUUCUUUUUUCUUUGUUUUUUUUUUUUUGGGUGGUUUUGUGGCCACUUUUCUGCACAAAAGGUGCUUUAAUGGCUUUUGUGAGGAAGAAAUUUGAUGGUUCCUCCUUUUCCUUGUGUGGG